AUGGUCACCAGUGAUACAUCGCUGGUGAUUGACUCGACUUCGCCUUGUGGAAGAGUCGGUCCUGUAUUGAGCCCAUCGUCCUCUUCGCCUCGAACUAAUGCAAUAUUUUCGCUGUCUAGAUUUAGAAACAGGCUUGGUACGGAAAUGAACGAAAUCAUACCUAAUUUGUAUCUUGGAAGCCUACGCGAUGCAACUGAUACCGACCAACUUAAAAAGCAUCGCAUAAAAUAUGUUGUUUCUGUGCAUGACUUGACAGCCAGUCAUCCGGCCCACGACCAGCUGAAGGUGCUGAAAAUACAGCUUUCGGACUGCUCAUCUUCUGAUAUUUCAUCACAUUUUUCGGUCACGAAUCAGUUUAUUCACGGCGCUAGGUUGAAACAUGCAGCGGUGCUCGUCCACUGCCUCGCCGGCGUUUCACGGAGUGCGACUGUGGUAGCCGCAUAUCUGAUCACUGUCUGCGACCUAUCAUUUAUAAAUGCACUUUCGCUUAUAUCGCGCAAACGGCCUGUGAUAAAUCCUAAUUUUGGUUUUCGAAUGCAGCUGUGCACCUACGCCGAUCGGAUACGACUUCCCGUCCACUCGAUUCCACUAUUCGCCAACAGGCUCUUGGUGCGUCGCGGUUUCGCCAGGCAGCUUCUGCUCUUGCACUGUUGUGUAAACUCUCAACUUCAAGGUCUUUUUCAACAU